AUGCAGCAAGACAAAUCUCAAUUGAUUCACUCACUUCGCACCCACCGCAUAAAUACAAUUACUGAACUUCGUCGAGUUGAGAAAGUAUUUGCACAGCUCGGAUCUGCGGACGUUACAGAGCCUAUGACCAGCGCAUGGCUACACUAUGUCAAUUCGAACAACCUACUCAACGAGCUAAGAGGAUUGACGAAGAACUAUCAUUUCAGCUCUGAGUGUCUGGACGAAGCGAAGUGGCUAGUAUCCAGUGAUCCUCAGAGCUGUCGCAGCUGGAACUAUUGCUGGUUGAUCCUUACCAAGAUUCAAGAGAAGCAACUCAUUCCAAAACAUGCCAGAAUCCUCGCCGCAAAACCUGCCAUGUGGGGUGACAAGCAACCUACCCCGGAGCUUAUCGAAUGGCUUUCGAAUGAAUGCAUCAAGGAAUGGACAGCUGCUGUUCAACUGAUGCUUCGCCACUGGGAAACACCCCCGACAACUACCGGUCGCUAG